AUGUCACAGGAAGAAUAUACUAAGCAUAGUUCUUUAGGAUCACAACAAAAUUGUCCGCCUUCUGGACCUGGAAAUCCAAAAACAGCGGUGAUUCAAGCACAAAUACAAGAUACUGUUGGCAUUAUGAGAGAAAAUAUUAACAAGGUUGCACAACGAGGAGAACGACUUGAUUCUUUACAAGAUAAAACAGAAAGCCUUGCAACCUCUGCACAAGGAUUUCGUCGUGGGGCAAAUCGCGUGAGGAAGCAGAUGUGGUGGAAAGAUGUUAAAAUGCAUAUAUGUCUUAUUGCUGGUAUGUUUUUUCUAUUAGAUAGACUAUUAUAA